AUGGCCGCGCCGUGCACUUCCACCACAGACGACCGGUUGGCCGUCCUCCUGGAGGAGAUCUUCCUCCGGCUACCCACCCCAGCCGACCUCGUCCACGCCUCCGCCGCCUGCGUCCCCUUCCGCCAGAUCGCCACCGGCAACUCCUUCCUUCGCCGCUUCCGUAAGGAACACUCUCCCUCCUUCAUCGGCUUCAUGGACUGGCACGGCUUCCGCCCCGCGCUCCCUCCUCACACCACCGCGCCCAUAGCCAGUGCAGUCCCCCGCGCUGCUGACUUCACCUUCUCCUUCCUCCCUAGCCCCACCCCCUACACGCUGCUCCCAGACCCCGGCUGCUGGUGCGUCCGCAGCAUUCGCGACGGCCGCGUCCUCCUCGACCGAGGCCACAAGAGAGACUAUGGUUCAGUCCUCUUCCCGGAGCUCGUGGUGUGUGACCCGUUACACCGGCGAUACCACCUGCUUCCACCGAUCCCUGACGACCUAGCCGCGUCGGUGAGGGACGCACUCCAUCUGACUUACCAGCGCAGCUGUGAGGUCAUCCUCGUUCCUCCCGGCAAGGAAGUGGACAAGGAAGAGUACGAAACUUCAUUUCGUGUAAUCCGGAUGGCACAGUGCAAGACCAAGGUGGUGGCAUUUUUCUAUUCUUCAACCACGGGGCAGUGGCAAUCCAUUGCAUCAAAGGCUUGGAGCGAUUUGUUAGUCUGCGGCAUGCCAAUUGUAUCUUUGAAAUACCGUUUGUUCUACCAUAGUCAUUAUGCCUACGGAUGUUUGUACUGGCCGAUGACGAAUGGGAUAGAAUUUGGGCUGAAGAAUCGUCCGAGGGAAGCUAUGCUCAUGCUUGACACCAUGACAAUGGAGUUCUCCGUUGCUGAUUAUCCACCUGGAAGAUGGAGAGGGUUCCAGGUUGGCGUCGUGGAGGCAGGGGAAGGCAGGCUUGGAUUGCUCACUUUCUCAAUUAAUGAUGCAGCAUCACAACUUCGUUAUAUGGUUAGGCAAAACACAGAUGGGAGUAACAAUGAGUGGCAGUUGGAGAAGAUAAUCCCCUUGGGUUCGGGCAAUCAUUCUAUUGUUGCUUCAACCGAGAGGUACUUGCUCCUCCUAAGGUUAGAUUUUGGGACAGACCACUCUGAAGGUCUCUCAUUAGAUGUCAAGACAUUUCAGCUUGAGAGGGUGUGUGAGCUAUCUGACGUUACAAGCAGGUCAAUAUAUACCAGCUUCCCUCCAUCACUGUCAUCCAGGACAGUAUGA